CACCAAAUUCGCAACAACCAAAACCUCGCCUCACAAAAAGCACACCGUCCAUGGCCAAGGAGAUUGAGGAGGAGGGAGCAUCCUAGCUAUUAGUGUAUUUGUCUUAGCUCUCUUGUCAUCCUGCCACAGAAUUCAUUGAGAGAGGAAGGACGUUGUGGAGUGCUCCAGUCAGACUCUUGCUCAGCUUGGUCCAGACUCCUUGGCAACGGCCACUAUUCUUCGACCAUCGACGUCCGACGCCAUGGCAUAUACUCGUCGACGGCGUCCAAGCGUGUGAGAGACUACUAAUCAAGAAGACACGACAAUGCCGUCCGCCAAGAAAGGAUGGUCGUGCUCGAAAUGCACUUUUGAGCAUCAAUUUCCAGGUGACCGCUGUGUCAUGUGCGGCUCUCUGCGGACGACAAAGGAACAAAUGAUCGAUUUCAUCCAGGGCAAACCCAUUCCAGAGUCUUCCAAAAUCAAUUGCUCCUCAACGUCAACCACAUCUGCUCCAACCAACAAAAAGAGAAAGCCGGAAUCACCACAAGCCAAGCCACCGCCGAAACCACAGCAGCCGCCGUCGACCGCCACUGCCUAUUUUGCUCCAAAACCCAAAGGGUCCUCUACUGGUACCGCUGCUGCUAGUAGCAAUACCGACAGGACAAAUGGCCCAGCAGCCAACCACAACUCCACAUCUUCAAACUCUGGUUCCAAUUUGCCUCAAUCAUCACAUACGCGCAGACGCAAUCCAUACUCCAAAAACCCAUCCAGGGCUUCAGUAUCCACAGAUCAGCCUUCAGCGAAUACCAAUGCCAAUAGUCACCCAACAAAUGGAAAUCCCCACCCAAACAAUCACGACAGAUCAGAGGAACAAGAAUCCACCAAUCAUAACAGCAGCAACAGCUUACAACAAAACCAACAACAACCAUCUUUGAAUGCCCACGCUUACAAGGAAAAUCAGCAGUCCAAUGCUCGACAAACAAGCUUUCUCAAACCACCACCAAAACAAUCCACGUCCAACCAGAGAACCGCAGUCACCACCGCUUCUACCAAACAAAGUGUCGCGCGUUCCAACAACAGCAGCAACAAUACCCGAAAGCAGCAGCAAACACUCCUUCCCAUGCCCAAGAAAACCACUAGCUACGCCAAAUAUAUACAACCCCGCAUUGCUCCGUACGAACCAGGUCCGGUGCCAUUUGAUACAUCCACCACCUCCACGUGGGUCUACCCCAUUCAUCCCAAAUAUGCCAAGAGAGACUAUCAAUUCGAAAUGGCCAAAUCCGGCGUCUUGGAAGACACACUCAUUUGCUUGCCGACUGGAUUGGGGAAAACAUUGGUCGGUGCCGUGGUCAUGUACAAUUUCUAUCGAUGGUUCCCACAAGGCAAACUCGUGUUUUGUGCGCCCACACUGCCGUUGGUACAACAACAAGCCAAGGCGGUCUAUGAUAUUGUCGGAAUCCCCAUGUCCGAAACGGCCGUCUUGACGGGACGCGUCAAAUCGGAAGAACGCGCCGCACUGUGGCAAACCCAUCGACUCUUUUUUUGCACGCCCCAAACCAUUGAAAAUGACAUGCGCAAUCAAGUCAUUGAUGCAUCCUCCGUAGUCUGUGUCCUGCUGGAUGAAGUCCACAAGGCACGCGGGGAUCAUGCCUAUGUCCAAGUCAUUCAGCUAUUGCGCACGCAAGCAAAAGCCAAAUUUCGAUUGGUCGGGCUCAGUGCCACACCCGGGUCGACUAUUGAAGUCGUACAAGAUGUCAUUCAGACGUUGCAAGUGUCCAAAAUUGAAGUGCGCAGCGACGACGAUCCUUCUAUUCAACAAUACACACACAAUCGCGUUCAUGAAGUGAUUGAAGUCGCCGAAACGGCACUCGUCACCAAGACCAAGGACGUCUUGCUCAAUCUGAUACGGGCACCUCUGAAACGACUCCAACAAGCCGGCUUUUUGAAAAGUUCCGGUUCCGGAGCCACCAUUUCCACCUACUCGGUCCUUCAGGAACAGCAAAAGUACUACGAGGGACUCAGCAAGGGCGAUCGACGGUGUCCCGGCAAACUCCGUGCCGAUUUUUUGCUGGUGCACAAGUUGAUUGGAUGGCGCGAUUCCGUGGGGGUAUACGGAAUCCAUCGAUUUCGUAGCAAUGUUGCAGAAUGUCGCAAUGAUCCCCGGGCAGCAUUUACGCUGGCUGCCGUCUUUGGAGACAAAGAUUUUCAAGAACACAUGGAAGAUUUCAAGGAGGCAUGCAAGAAAUCCAAAACUGACGACUCCAAAGUCCAGGACAUGUUGGCAGAGAAUCCCAAAUUGCAAAAGCUACAAGAAGUACUAAAUGAGCAUUUUGAGCGGGCACGAGCACGGGCCAGCAGGGAGGGGGGCGAGGUGUCCACGCGAGCCAUUGUCUUUUCCCAGUUGCGUGGGUCAGUUCAAGAUAUUGUGGCAUCGUUGUCAGCAUUGCAACCGCUGGUACGUCCUCGGCGCUUUGUAGGACAAGGAAAGGGUAGCAGCAAGGGAAAAGACGCCAAGGAAGGUGUGGCCGUCGCCGCAAAGGAUGAGGAAGACCAAAAGGGGAUGAAUCAAACAGAGCAACACAAAGUCUUGGCAGAGUUUCGUAGUGGAAUCCACAAUGUACUGGUCUGUACUUCGAUCGGGGAGGAAGGUCUGGAUAUCGGUGAAGUUGACCUCAUUGUGAACUUUGAUUGUCUCAGCUCUCCAAUUCGUAUGCUGCAACGUGUCGGGAGAACGGGGCGGGCUCGUGACGGGAGAGUGGUGUCGAUUCUUUCGAAAGGAGAAGAACAAAAGCACAAACGAUCCAAGGCACGAGAGAAGACUCUCAUUAGGGCUCUAAAGGACCCUACCAAGAUGAAGUUCUUCCCGAAGGUUCCAAUGUUUCCACCCAAUCAGCCACUACCGACCCUGAUAGAAAAGAGACUGCGUCGCGAGGACGAUCUGGAGUUUCGACAGUCUCAGGUGGACGGGAUGCCACGGAAACGGAAGCCGCGGGGGAGUCUUGGGUCUGCGUCGGGGAGCAAGAGGUCCAGAGGUGAACGCAAUAAUACCGAUUGGAAACUAACAGACGGAGAAGAAAUGUUGCGAAGAGACCUGUUUGGAGACGAUGUUGUGAAAUGCUGUGAAAGUGAUGCAACCAGUGGUUACGGGUUUCCUGCAGCCUUGAGGAAGCGGUUCCUCAAGGCAAGGACUUACUCAUACUCUGCACAGACACAACUUGAUAUGAGCCGAUAUCCAUUGGGCAGCACUCUCACCAUCGCUCGAAAAAUGCAAAUGGAUCAUGGAACCUGUUAUGACGUUCGCCGACCCGUUUCGCGAUCUUUUUUGCGCGAUGAGGAGGAAAUUCAGCAAUUGUUCCCUGUAGAGAAGGGUACAGCCGAGAGUUGCUCCAGUUUGACGAAACUGCGGGAAAGCAAAUCCAACAUUGAACAUGUAAAGAGACCGACAACAGAGGCGCGUCAACAAAUAGCUUCCUCUGACAGGGUCGGUCAAAGGAGAUCGCUGCCGCCAACCAGCAACGCAAAAGUCAGCAACACCGGGAAUGUCAUGGAAAGAAACGCGCACAUUGCCAGGGUUGACGAGUCUGUCCGGGGGAAACAGCAAGGGAUUGCGUCUACAGCUGAACGCCGAGCCAUCCCAGGAUCUAAGCCAGACGACAAUCGACAUGCCUCCAAUUCUAGCACCGCAACAGCAGUUCGUGAAAACAUGCCAGCACCGGCAGCACGCCCAAAGCCAGUGAGUCGAGGUGCUGUGAAUCCGUACAGGAAAGCGAGGAGUGCUUCGACAGAACCCAAGAUACAACGGCAGGGAGACCUUUCCACGCAUGAUCCCCUUUCUUUGCCCAACAGGGAACACUCAAUUCCCUCGCUUGACAAGGCUAAAGGUUCUGCUUCAGUUUCGCGAGAUCAGAAUGCUCCCGUCGUUGGUGGGAUGACAGCUACUGUCAAGUCCACCAUGGCGGAGCUACAUGUAGGACAGAGCGAAAGUGCCGGUCUUGGCAAGUCUACGGAAGCGCCUACAUGGGAGGCAGCCAACGAGCCGGAUACGAACGACGUGGAUAUUAAUGAUGGUUUCUACCUGCCGACUCCACCGGAUUCUUCGUCUAGUGAGAGCGAUGGCAGCGUUGGCGACGAUGCUAGCUGUCAACAGGAAACCAAAGACCAGCCGAAAGAGAACCGAACAGAGGAGUCCUCCGCUCCUCCGAUGAAGGUUGUGAUCGAGAAUUUGCCAACAGAACUCAAUAGCGACAAAGCAAGCCACCAAGUCAAACCAGCGCCCCACAACCAAGACGACGGUUCCUUUCACCUGGCUUCUCAGUCGUUCCGAUUGCCAACACAAAGCUCUUCAUCGUCUUCAUCGAGUUCAUCUUUGGAGGAUGAGAGCCAAGGGAAGGCAAAAUGCAAUGAUGGCAAACACCCAGAUGUCACCGCGCAUAUCCCUUCGGAUGCCAAAGAUCAGCUUGGUGAUGAAAUACAUCAAGCAGACCCCAGCGAGGCCGAAUCUCCCCCAAAAAUGCAAGACGAAGGGAAUGCUACAACUCCAGGCAAUCGGUCACCAGCGGAAAGCCUGGAGGUUUCCGAAGAAGCAGACUCGGAAGUUCCAAACUUCAAACGAAGGAAACCGCUGAAAGCGAAGCGAGACAUGUUUCUCACUCAAGUCAAGCCUCGCUCCGAAAGCCCCAAACCUGAAACUCCGGCAAUAGAGGCGGGGAGCUCAACCUUGGUCGACACACCUGACCAACUUCUGGACACUCCCGAGACCGCAAUGAAAGUGCAAAAGACAAAACAAGCGGAGCUCAUCGACACCCCCACACCAAAUUGUGUACAUGACAGAGGAGCUGAAGUUGUGUGUGUGCUGUGUUUAGAUCCUAAAUCCCCAGACGAGGAUCCGAUCCUGCUUUGUGACGGCCCCGAUUGCAACCUUGCCGUGCACUUGAAGUGCUAUAACAUUCAUCCAAGCGUCCUCGAAGACGAUGAAGAUACUCCUUGGUUUUGUGACCCCUGCAAGUUUCUUCAGGAAGUGCGAAGGGGAGCAACCAUCACAUCCGUUAGGGAACAGGGCAUCAAGUGUUUGUUUUGUCAACAAGGCAAAGGACCUUUGAAGAAAACAACGCCAAGGAUUUGGAGCCACCCAUACUGCGAAAAUUGGUCCAAAAUGCUAGUACAAGGGGAUGACACUGUGUGUGCGAUUUGCUCCGGGAGAAAUGCAGCGCCAUGCGCCAAAGAAGGAUGCUCCGUUGCCGUGCACCCCCACUGUGCAAUCACAUCCAUAAUGAAUGGUUCAGGGUCCUGGACUCUCGUAAGAGCGAAGAGCGAUCCUUCCAAUGACUCAGCCGCAGAGGAAGCUGUGGGAGAACAAAACGACAAUGCACUGUCCGUGUUGUUUUGCCCCAGCGACAAACAGGAGGCCAGCCGUUUUGCGAGUAGCUUACGGGAAGCCGCGAAUCAGAUAGUUGUCAUCCCGCCAGAUAGUUUGGAAAUUGCUGCGAAGGGGCACAAGAGCAAGCUUCGAAGACUCAAAAGACACGCGCCAUCGAAAGAGAGUGCUCAGGAUGAAAGCGAAGUAGAAGUGGUUGACGUUGAUGCCCAAGACAAGAAUACAACUGUUGAUAAGGACGACGAUGCCAUCCGAGAUCGCAAACGAGCCCGUAUGGAGCGCCGCAAUGCUGCUCGACGAUUCAUUGACGAAGAAGCUGGGAUUGACUCCGAUGAAGGCCAUGACGGAGAUGAUGCAGAGCAGCGAGAGCUUGCCGCUUUGGAAGCCGAAGAGAACUCGUUGAGCAGUUUCAUCAACGACUCCAGCCAACUCGGUUUCACUCAGGAUCAGCUUGGCCGGAUAGAACCGGAUAGUGGUGCAACCAAUGAAUCUUCGUUUCCCUACGAAAGCGACGCACUGCAUCGCCGGCUUGACAAUGAAAACGCCAGGAGAAACGAGUUCGCAACUCCGUUUCUCAAUCGCAGGAUGCAAAGAGAUUCCCUUUCGCCCUCAGAUGCCCCUUCGUCCGAACGCGGACUUGGAAACAUGCAUUUUGUCCGUUCUGUUAUAGAGUAUCAGCGACAGGGCGGGUCAGCCCAGGAAGUCGAGGAUUUAUAUAAUCGUUUGGAGCAGGAAGCAUCAACGCAACUGGGCCAGGAUGAGUCACCUCAGCCGGCUCAGGAAGAAGAUUGAAGUCGUGUGUUUGCAGCAGAAAAUUGACGUCUCCGGAAAUGAGAAGCAAGAGGAUGCACAUUCUACCAGUCCUGAUGCGGUCUGUUCAAUCGUUGCAGGUGGCCGAACUGGGAUCUUGUUACCGAGCAACUCGCGAAUUUGUUGAAUUGAAUCGAAUCAUUCUAGUAACGAUUAUUUAAUGGGAGUGCUGUAGAACAUGCAAUUAGUCA